AUGAAAAGAACGGUGUUGAGCUCGGUGCUCGCGCCCAACAGUGGCGCAACGACCGCCGGAAGUAGCGGGUCGUCCUCGUCCUCCUCUUCGAGCAGCGCUGCUUCUUCGAAAGAACGCCCGCGAGGAGCGCUGGCGGACAAAGCAGCCAGUGCGAUAUCAAAUGCAAAAAUGUCUGGGUCUGGAAGAAUCUAGCUUGUCAUGCUAAAUCUGAAUCAUUCAAAAAUCUGUGUUGCAUGAUUACCAAAAGCAGGCCACUUUUGACCUAAUCGAGAGGCAGUUUCUCAUGCAGGAUAGGCAUGAUAGAACUCUCACAGAAUCUGUCAUGCUAUGUCCUACAUACCAGACCUCAUGGGUCAUGGAGAACCUGCAUGACAAGUCUGCAUAGCAGUCUGUAGGUCUUGUCGCAGGAGUCAGCAUUUUUGUUGCUGCGCUCCUGGUUUGGCUUUCUAUAUGUUUUGCGAGUAGGAAUUGUUGGCUAAGGUUGGCGAAAUUUGGCAAAGUGGGAUAUGUUGGCGUGAAGUGUGUUGGAAUCGUGGCCGGGAGAUGAUGGUGAUGGCACUUCGGUGUCCGCCUGACCUACCUUCCCUGCGUGACAGCCAUCUGCGGCCGUUUACAAAGGGGGAGGCAAAGUGUGCCGCACUGCUGUUUAGCAUGACAAGUCUGCAUUCUUCCAGACCCAGACAUUUUUGCAUUUGAUAUGCGACGAGUUCUUUCAACCUCAGCGCAGACGAGGUGAAAACGUACGGGAGUCGGUGGUUGAGCGAGAUCCCGUAUCAAAUGCAAAUAUGUCUGGGUCUGGAAGAUUGCGAGAUUUGUCAUGCUAGUUUGGUAUUAUUCUGCAGUCUGUAUUGCGUGAGUAGGAAGACGAGCUCCUCUUGUCUGUCAUGCAAAGCCGCUCUUUCUCAUGCGGAAUACGCAACACAGAGCCCCCACGAAAAAACCUGUCAUGCUUGGCGGUGCAUUGCAGCGUGCUUACUAUUCACCGACAUGCAUCACAAGUUUCCAGCAGACCCAGACAUAUUUGCAACGCAUAUCCCGAUCCAGAGGAAGGGGGUCCUUGGCCGCGGCGGCUGUGCGAUUGUGUGGCUCGGAGCCAUAUGGAUUGCAAAAGUGUCUGGGUCUGGAAGAUUGCAACUUGUCAUGCUCAAUCCGAAUCAUGCAAAAAUCUGUGUUGCAUGAGUGCCAAAAGCUGUCCACUUUCGACCAAGAUGGGAAGGAGUUUCUCAUGCAGGAUACUAGGCAUGACAGAGACCUCGCCGACUUUGUCAUGCUAGGUCCCGCAUUCCAGACCUCAAGGGUCAUGGAAAACCUGCAUGACAAGUUUACACUCUUCCAGACCCACACAUUUUUACAUUUGAUAAGCCAGUACAGACGGACAGUUAUUUGCCGUGAAGCAGGUACAAUUCUAAAACAACUGAUGAUUUUUGUGCGCAAGCAAAUUGAGUUUGGUAUACUGAUCUGAUCGUCCUUAAAGGCCUUCUUUAUCCUCAACGUCAUUACAAUUUUUUGACGGGCCUUCGCUCUGUUAAGUACUUCGUGACACCACGACGUCGUUUUGUAGGGCGUUAUGCGACUUCUGCUUUAUUCUUUGUUCAUACAUACGUAUUUGCAAAAAACUCUUACUGAUACUGAUAGAUACAACGAACUCUAAGGUGAGCAAAAGCGUAUUGCAGCGUGGCGAGCUGGUGCCGCAGACCGGGUCGCAGCUCCGGGGUCUACUGAAAGAAGUGAAAAUUCUUCAGAAGCUGGCUGCUUCUACUUCAAGGAGCAAUAAAACAUCAAGUUCUACACAAUCAGACGGUCAACAGCACGACUACGUAUCAGCAGGAACAACCACAGCGAGCUCCUCGCGGGACGACCAUGGAGAUCUUCAUGACCACCACAUCUGUCAUCUUAGGGCUUUUGUGGAAAGCCGCAGCGACCUUUGGAUCGUGCUGCAGCACGGGGGUGUGCCCAUCAGCCGGGAGCUGUACGAGGUGAAGGGCGAAUUCCAGAACAGUGCGCGUGUCUACCGCGUACUGCACGGUCACUUGAUGGAAGCUUUGAAACUACAGGACCACCAUGGAGUACUAGAGGGUAGUUCUUGCUCCUUCCACACGCUGCGCGAUUUCUUGCGGCAGCUCUUGUCUGCGUUCGCGUUUCUGGAGAGGGAAAGAGUCGUGCACGCGGAUGUGAAACCUGAGAACGUGCUGAUCGACCCAGAUAUCGCAUGCCAAUAUGUCUGGGUCUGGAAGAUUGCGAGACUUGCUAUGCUAGCCUGGCAUGACUUAGAACUCUGUAUUGCGUGGCCGCAAAGAGCUCCUUUCGCCUGUCAUGCAAAGACGCAGUUUCGCAUGCGGAGUACGCAACUCACAGCCACGGAAAAACUUGUCAUGCUUAGCAGCGCAUUGCAGUGCGCAGCUCCCUAUUCCCUUCCUUGCAUCACAAGUUCCCAGACCCAGACAUGUUUGCAAUGCAUACCAGACUGGCGGUUGCGGCUGUGCGACUUCGGCAGUGCCUACCAGGAGGGGGAAGCGGCGUCGAUAUUGAGAGGAAAAAUCCCCCCUCCCCAUAUCGAAAAGGUAUGUUUCCGAAAAUUUGUGUUGCUGAUUUGAGGUCACAAAUCACAUUUGUUUUGCAAGAAGACAAACGCAGAGGCUUCCGCGCCAAUAUGGAAGCGAUUUGGCAUGCUGUUGGGCCUAGAGGGCAGCCGUUUGUAAUGCUAAGCACCUAGACCCAAAUGUCCCUCCCUAGGCUGCGGCUCUGGCUGCGAUGCCGUAUUGCAAGACAGCGCGGAUUUGUGUACACGUAAUAUCCUGCGUCACAGAUUUCCCAUUUGAUAUGGGGUGGGGGCUUUUUUCAUUUUGAUAGUCGAGUCUGGGCACUCCUGAGUACAUGGCUCCCGAGCAGUUGGAUAAACAGAUCCACUGGACCACGACCGGAGGCGGAGGUUUCGCCGGAGCUGCAUCUUCUGUGUCCACGCCAGCAAGUCGCUUGACCGCGAAACUCUUGGGUGGAGUGGGUAGUAGUAGUACUUCUAGUGCAGCCCCCGCCGCCACCGCGGCUCUUCACCAGCACGCAUCGUCCGCAAGUGCUGGCAGUACUAGUAGACGCGGGUCGGCGGACCACUUGUCUUCUUAUCAUUUCGGAGCUGGAAGUGGUUCUCAUCUUCCGGCUUUUAAAAGCAGCAGCACUACAACUUACACGACUAGUAAACCAAGCAGGGCGUUCUCGACGUCUCCGGAGAAGAAGAUGCAGCAACUGCUGCACGAAACUAAAGAACGGCGCGGGUCCGCGAACGCGACUUCGGAGGUCGUGCAACAACAGCACCUUGAGCAGAACGAGGUCGUAUCUGACAAGGUUCACGUGCGCGAGAAGUCGGACGGGUUCUCGUCCGCACUCGCGGGCGACGUUUGGUCGGCAGGAAUGAUCUUCCUCGAGAUCUGCCACGGCGUGCCGCUGUUAUCCUGUCCAAAACUGUAUCGUAUUCGUAUAUUAGAUGCAAGUCUUGCAUCACAAAUCUUUUUCUCAAGGUAAUAGAGCAGCAUGAUAAAUUGGUAAAACAAGGAAUCAAGUUGAGGUCAUGGAAUCAAGUUAACUGGAAUCAAGUUAGGCCUGGAAUCAGGUUAUAUGGAAUCAAGUUAAACCCGGAAUCAAGUUACAUGGAAUCAAGUUACUACCUGGAAUCUAUCAAGUGGUGGAAUGGAAUCAAGUAAACCACCACAACUUCAUCCCCAUCAGUCUUUCGCCUCGCAAUGCCUCCCCUUGGAAGAAUCUAGCUGCUGCGCUUUUUGUGUUUUGUGGCUGCCACACCCUCGCGCCUAAAGUUCUCCGCUAUUUUUUUUGAAAGGCGGCCACGUUCAUCAAAGGCGUCUGGCUUUUCUUCCUCUGGUCGAUAGAGACGUGGCGAGUAAUGUUAUAGCUAACCUUCGCGCGCCCGUCUUGUUUUAGGGCUCUUUGCCGAAAGUUUUCGAGGCUUUCGCCUUGCGAAGUUCCAGGGAGGGAUUCCAUUUGUGUCUCCUUCCCUCGGAAGGGGUGUGUCUCUGGGAAUUCCGUCUUCAUUUCGCCUUCCCUCGGAAGAUCCAUCCGUCCCUCUCGGAGUUACAUUCCCGCUUCGCCUCCUCUCGGGAGACCCAUUGCUCAUGGGAUUCCGUUUCCAUUUCGCCUUCCUGGGGAUGGUGUCAGUCUCGGGGGAUUCCGUUUUGCCUUCCUGCGGAAGGUGUCUCGGGGGCCGCCAUUUCGCCUUCCUUGCCCUCUGGUAGGUCUCUCCCUGGCGGAAGGACCGCUGCUUGAUUGCCUCUUGGGGGAGUGUGAGUUGUUUAUUUCCUGGCUGGCGCGAAGCUUUCGCCAUCGACUCCAGAUUGAUGAAUGGCCCGAGCUUAUUGACACCUCCUGCGCGACGUGGGUGGUUCGGGGUUUUUCUGUGCCCGGGCUCGCCGAGGCGUUUUGGAUUCGGCUUCGGAGCGCGCAGGUUUGCGGCUGUCCGGGGCUGUGCGCGUGUGCUUACAGCUUUUGCGCCGGGGGCCCCGGGUUUUUUCUUUUGUGUCCCGGGGCCUCGUCACAUCUACGCCCCGGGGCCCCGGAACAUGCAUGGCCCGUCGGAAGGCAGGCCAGCCUUCGGUAAAGGUAGGGAGGCGGGGGGCCCGAAGCACAGGCUGGCGCGUGCAUGGUGAAUAACGUUUGGCGGUGGAGGAGAUAACGGGGCCCGCGCAGUGCUUCUCGCGGAAACGGGAAACGGGACACGCAACUUGAUUCUAGGACCAAACCUGAUUCCAGUCAACUUGAUUCCAGAGUCCAACUUGAUUCCAUUUAACUUGAUUCCAGUUACCAACUUGAUUCCAACAAUUUGACCAACUUGAUUCCUUGGACGUCCAAUUUCAUUUCUCAUGCUGAGGGAAGGGGAACUUGUAUAAAUGCAUUUAUACGAGUCUACGAUGCUUUUGCAUUGCAUAGCUGUGGCUCUCCUACGAUUGCUGCGUCGGGACCACGCGGACGCAAGGACUUCUGGGCGCCGGGGGGCGGGACUUCCGGAAGAUACGGCAAAAGCAGUCCUCGGUGGUGAAAAAUCUGCGCGCGCUGUUGCAGCACCACUGCUUCGGGGUCCAGAUCGGACAGAACUCCGACGCUGUGGACCUGCUCGCGGGGCUGUUGCGACCAACCGUGCCGGAGCGCCUGCGGGCGAGCGCUGCACUGCAGCACCGCUUUCUCGUUUCUUGACAGAACAGGCGAGGGCAUUACUUGGUGUGCUAUAAAAAUGCAGCGUACAAAAAAUAAUUGAAAAUGGAACCUUGUUCACCAACUUCGCCUAUAAAUAGUUCCGAUACAUUUCUUGUUCUUCGCUGAGCACUCUAGUAGUGAUCAUGAAGCGCACAGGUUUUAUUGACAUGGGUUCGCC